AAAGAUGUCACCAGGGAGUUGCAUAGAAUCCCUAAAUCCCAGGAUAUAGAGAGACCAGAGGAGGGGAGCCUGCACCAGCUCUGAGAAGAAGUUGGACUGCAAGAAGAGAGUUCUUCCCUCUCAUCCUGUGAUACUAUUAGCCUCAGUGUUCUAAGGUGAUUUGGCUACCCUCAAAGUCCACCACAACCUUUUAAGUCAAACCUGGUCUGCGAAAUGGAAUAAGACUGAAAAAUUAUCCACUUCUUUCCUCCUAUGUGAGAUUGAGACUAGAUUGGGAUGGUCUUUGGUGCUUGGGACUAGAUUCUCACUGCAACCAUGAGUUCAGAGGAAAAGGGCAUAUCACCUGCUCACAGAACCUCCACUCCAAGCCAUAGAAGUGCCUCCUCUUCAUCGUCCUCCCAAAGGGAAAGUAGGCAGAGUGUCCACGUUUUAGAGAGGAAUGCUUCUGCUGGUAAUGAGCCAUCUGCAAGCAGGCAGUUGCUAGAAACUGAACCUGUCUCACUCGCUAAGGAGGCCGACAGCUGGGAAAUCAUAGAGGGCCUGAAAAUAGGCCAGACUAAUGUCCAGAAGCCAGAUAAACAUGAAGGAUUUAUGCUGAAGAAAAGAAAAUGGCCUUUAAAAGGCUGGCACAAGCGGUUUUUUGUCCUGGAUAAUGGAAUGUUGAAGUAUUCAAAAGCACCACUUGAUAUUCAAAAAGGCAAGGUCCAUGGGAGCAUUGAUGUUGGCUUAUCAGUUAUGUCAAUUAAAAAGAAAGCUCGGCGGAUAGACCUUGACACUGAAGAGCACAUCUAUCAUCUAAAGGUGAAAUCCCAGGACUGGUUUGAUGGUUGGGUCUCUAAACUCCGCCACCACCGAUUAUACCGUCAGAAUGAAAUUGUAAGGUCACCAAGGGAUGCAAGCUUUCACAUAUUUCCUUCAACCUCCACAACAGAAUCUUCGCCAGCUGCUAAUGUUGCAGUUAUGGAUGGAAAGGUACCACAGAACAGUUUCCCAUGGCAGCCACCUAUACCAUGCAGUAAUAGCCUCCCUGCAACAUGCACCACUGGCCAGAGUAAAGUAGCAGCUUGGUUACAGGACUCUGAAGAAAUGGACAGAUGUGCAGAAGAUCUCGCACACUGCCAAUCAAACCUUGUGGAACUUAGCAAACUUCUUCAAAAUUUGGAAAUACUGCAAAGAACUCAGUCAGCACCAAACUUCACUGAUAUGCAGGCUAACUGUGUAGAUAUUUCAAAGAAAGACAAGCGAGUCACAAGACGGUGGAGAACAAAAAGCGUCAGCAAAGAUGCAAAAAUACAACUUCAGGUUCCUUUCAGUGCAACAAUGUCUCCUGUUCGGCUACAUUCCUCCAACCCCAACCUUUGUGCAGAUAUUGAAUUUCAGACUCCCCCAAGCCACCUGACUGACCCCCUGGAAACUUCCACAGACUACACAAAGCUACAAGAAGAAUUUUGUCUCAUUGCUCAGAAAGUACAUUCCCUUUUGAAGUCGGCUUUUAACAGCAUAGCUAUUGAGAAAGAAAAGCUAAAACAGAUGGUUUCUGAACAAGAUCACAAUCAAGGCCAUAGCACACAGAUGGCAAGACUCAGACAGUCGCUUUCUCAGGCACUUAACCAGAAUGCUGAGCUACGGAGUCGCUUAAACCGGAUACAUUCAGAGUCUGUUAUUUGUGAUCAGGUUGUCAGUGUCAAUAUUAUUCCUAGCCCUGAUGAGCCUGGGGAGCAAAUCCAUGUCAGUCUCCCUCUGUCACAGCAAGCUGCUAAUGAGAGCCGGCUCUCUAUGUCUGAAUCUGUCUCAGAAUUCUUUGAUGCCCAGGAGGUGCUUCUCUCAGCUAGCUCAUCAGAAAACGAGGCUUCAGAUGAUGAGUCUUACAUCAGUGAUGUGAGUGAUAAUAUAUCUGAAGACAAUACCAGUGUUGCAGACAACAUUUCCCGGCAAAUCCUUAAUGGAGAGCUUACGGGAGGUGCGUUCCGAAAUGGACGUCGAACUUGCCUCCCAGCUCCAUGCCCUGAUACUAGCAACAUUAAUCUGUGGAAUAUUUUGAGAAACAACAUUGGCAAAGAUCUAUCUAAGGUCUCUAUGCCUGUGGAAUUGAAUGAGCCCCUCAACACUCUGCAGCAUCUCUGUGAGGAAAUUGAAUACAGUGAGCUCUUGGACAAGGCUUCCGAAACUGAUGACCCGUAUGAGCGCAUGGUUCUCAUUGCUGCAUUUGCAGUUUCAGGAUACUGCGCUACCUACUUCAGAGCAGGAAGUAAGCCAUUCAACCCUGUGCUUGGUGAGACGUACGAGUGCAUUCGAGAAGACAAGGGAUUCCGUUUUUUCUCAGAGCAGGUUAGCCACCAUCCACCCAUUUCUGCCUGUCAUUGUGAAUCAAAGAAUUUUGUGUUUUGGCAAGAUAUAAGAUGGAAAAACAAAUUCUGGGGGAAAUCCAUGGAAAUCCUACCUGUGGGAACACUGAAUGUGACACUUCCAAAGUAUGGAGAUUACUACGUAUGGAACAAAGUCACGACAUGCAUCCAUAACAUCCUCAGUGGAAGGAGAUGGAUAGAGCAUUAUGGAGAAAUCACUAUUAGAAAUACAAAGAGCAGUAUUUGUAUCUGUAAACUCACAUUUAUCAAGGUGAAUUAUUGGAAUUCUAAUGUAAAUGAAGUCCAAGGGGUUGUCAUCGAUCAGGAAGGAAAGGUGGUUCACCGUCUCUUUGGAAAGUGGCAUGAAGGAUUAUACUGUGGUGUACCACCAUCAGCAAAGUGCAUAUGGAGGCCAGGUUCCAUGCCAACCAAUUAUGAACUCUACUAUGGCUUUACAAGGUUUGCUAUUGAACUCAAUGAAUUAGAUCCUGUCCUGAAAGAACUUCUUCCUCCAACAGAUGCUCGAUUCCGGCCAGAUCAAAGGUUUUUGGAAGAAGGGAAUUUAGAAGCAGCAGCUGCUGAGAAGCAAAGAGUAGAAGAGCUCCAGAGAUCCAGAAGGCGAUACAUGGAAGAAAAUCACCUGGAACAUAUACCAAAAUUUUUUAAAAAAGUCAUUGAUGCGAAUCAAAGAGAAGCCUGGGUUUCUAAUGACACCUAUUGGGAGCUUCGAAAGGACCCUGGCUUUAGCAAAGUAGAAAGCCCUGUACUGUGGUAACCCAAGACUGUAGAUCCGAGUACACAUAUCACACUCUGAAUGAAUAAAUAACUAUGCACAAUGAUGUUUCUUAUAGCUAAGCGUGGUUUGUGGGUCUACAGAAAACUUACCAUUUGCUUUUCUAUUCAUCUUUAUAAUGGACUUUCAAAAGUGCAUUAGACCAGGCCCCUGACCACUUUGGGAUCCUUUCUGUUUUGCUGCAGCCAUAUUCCUUAAAACGUCCUCACCCUCAAAACGCAGAAUAAAGGGAGCAGAUAAAAGUAAUCCAAAGUCCGAAGAGUUUGUAAAGAAAAAAAAAACUGUACCUGGUGCUUAAAGCCAACCUCGAGAGUUCAAAAUAAUAUGUAUAAAUGUAUAAAACAUGAAUUUGGUCAUUUGCCUGGAAGAGCCAUGAUUAUAUACUAUAAACUCCUAGGUCACAGCUGUGGGUCAGUUCAGGCUUGACGUUUGUCUGUCCUUUGAUGUGACGCGCUUGUGCUGGCCUUGUUAAACAACAGUGACAGCAACAACAAACACAAUGCUUUGGGAAACCUGUUCCAUCCAUAUGCCAUUGUUCAUGCCUUAAGAAAUGUGAAGAUGUAAAAUAAAUCAUUUUAAAAUGUGUGCUCUUAGGCUGGUGUGAAGAACAGAUCUUUU